GAAGAUUUUCUCUAUUUAUCCAUUCUGAGACAUGGCACAAUCGUUCCGUCUUUUCCAAGGAGAUCCUACUGUGACAUCCUCUCCCACUGAAGUUCGUGCGUGGAUAGAAGAGUUGGAUUAUAGUUUUCUGGUAUAUGGAGAAAAGUUUGAAAGAGCAGAAAUCAAUGGGGAGAAGCUACAUGACAUCACGCGGCAAAAACUUAAUGAACUUGGCAUAAUCCGGACUGACCACCAGGAUAUCAUAUUAAAAGCAGUUGCUAAUAUUUAUAAAAAGAACAAAGUUGAACAGCAAGCUAUGCAAAGAGAAGAUCAGUGUGUAAGAAUUUCUAAGUAG